GCUUCGGCGGAGGACGCCCAAGGGGCGGAGAAGCGCCCGGAUGCUGAAGAGGCGUCGAUGCCGCAUUGGGCAACUCGCUGUGCUUGGCGCGAUGAGCUUGAUCUUCGUGCGGGGCAGCUGGAGAGAACCUCAUUGCAGUUUGAUGCCACGAAGCGGUCCCUGGACGCUGCGAACGAGGAGCUGCAGUGGCAGGCCACGAGCGCUGAAGCCUUGCGCACGCGACUGACCGAUGUUCUUCGGGCAACUUCGGCGGAGGAGCGUCGCGGCGAGGAGGCUUUCGCCGAAGAAGCCCGUCGCUGCGUGGUGUUGCAGGAGUUGCUCCAGCGCUGGGCCAACAUGAAGCCUGAUGCUCCGCUACCCCAAGCCUGCAUCCAGGCUCAGCAGCUGUUGAAGCCCAGCGAGGGCAAGGAUCCGGUGCAUAUGCAGAGCAGCUGA